UAAAUUUACAUGAUAGUUUUUAUUAAAACCGAUUAAUUGAUUAUAAUUUCAUUUUAUUUAUUGCCAAUUAUAAAUGUCACCAAUUAAUUUUUUAUCGAUUAAUUGACUGCAAUCGGUUUCGAAUGAAUUGGCAACGCUGUUUAUCUGUGACUAUUGCGGCAGUCGAAAUAUUAAUUUAAGUAACAACAUUCGCUAUCGUACGCUGAAUGCAUGCGUGUUUGUGACAGUUAAGGAUUUCGUAUUUUGCAUGAAAAACAAUACAAACGAAAACGUGCGCGAUUCGUUAUAUAAAAUCUUACUUCACGUAACGUUCGGAAAAUCAAUAAAUCCCGUUUAAUUGGUUUCACGGUAAUAUGUACUAAUAGAAUAUUGGAAAUGUAAAACUGUUUGUUUUCAACAAUUAAUCGCACUGUCUAUACUUUGGCGAGAGCAACGUAAACGCUCUAUGAUUUCUAUUGUUCCAUAGAGUCAUACAUUUUUCAUAUAAACAAUUCGCAAUCUAUUAAUCGAGAUGCGAAUCUAUUAACACGUUGACUGCCACAAAAAAUAUCAGCGUUUUAUGUAUCACCUAUCCUUUCUAUAGCAAAGAUACAAAGCAAGAAUUAUUAAUUCUUUGAUACGAAAAUUCUUAUAUUACCCUAUUAUCUAGUUAUUUACGUUACGGAAAAUUUGUAUUCGAAAUUAAUGACCCUCCGAGUCAUAAUUGUUUUCUUGUAAUUUGAAAGCUCCGAUCAUCGGUGACUGCCAUGGCAGUCAAAGUGUUAACGCAUUCCUGCAGUUUAUAUUUUCUGUGGAAGAAUUCUUUAAAAUGUCUUCUUCGGUUUUAAACUAGCAGUGUUUCAAAAAAUUGCCGAAACUUCGAAAUAAAUUUAAUCUGAUGGAGAUGAGCUCGACGCAUGGAGAGAUACAGUUAUCAUUGUAUCCUCCUUAGAACAAAAUUUGUUUAACAUAUACUCGUUGUUCCUAUUUAUCAUGGCAAUGGACGUUCCCCAUUUAUUUUCAAAAUAUCACGUACAAAGGAACGAGAAAAAGUACCACCCCUUAUAUCCUCUUCUAAAGCAAGAAAAACAAGGCAAGAACGAUUAAACUGAGUCAUUUCCUCUGCUUGUACAUCAUCGUUGUUCCAAACAAAGCUUGUACGAAGUCUGUCAGGUUUCUAGGAACUUACUAUCUACGAAUAACGACGAUAGAACGACAGAGAAAAAAGUAACGGUCGAGAUCAUCAACUUUCUUUGGUAAUGUGGAACUCUGAACCGUGGCGCGCGGGCAAACUUAUUGAUGACUCGACGAUCCCAUUUUCAAAACAGCGUGUAAUCAAAUGCGGAAAUUAACCAGCGUAUAAUAUAAUCGUGCGUAUGGGGGAAAAUGAUGAUACUUAUCAAUGUUUAAUUACUCGAUGGAAAAGAACGAUCUUACGAUUGGCAUUUCGCUCGUCCACGUGCAUUGUUUAGCAAAUGUUCAUGCAUACGUGAUCUCUGUUUCCAGUAAAUUUAUUUAUUCAACACGCCGAUUAUUUUGUGUCUUACUGAUGCACGAGUAUUAAAGUCAAACGAUCUCUGUAAAUAUUUAUGUUGAAGUGUUGCAAUCGUCGUUGGAAGUCACGAAAAAGGAAAACAGGCAAUUUUCAUCAGUCACAGUACAUGUAUAAUGUUGUACUCAUAACGGAUGGUAUGACGUAUUCCUUUGGUGUUUUUUACUUGGAAUUCCUGUAUUAUUUUGAGGAAGGAAAAGGUGCGACAGCAUGGAUCGCGUCGAUAUUGGUAGGAGUCACGUUGUGUUCAGGUCCGAUAUCGGGCUCUUUUGUGAACAAGUUUGGAUGUCGAGCAGUAACUAUAGCUGGAUCCAUAUUAGCAAGCGCCUGCUUAUUGGCAAGCAUGUGGGCCCGUAACAUUAUUACACUAUAUUUUACAAUCGGCAUUGGUACAGGUUUUGGUUUUGGCCUGAUCUAUUUGCCGGCGAUCGUAAGCGUAUCGUGUUAUUUUGAAAAGUAUCGUUCACUUGCUACGGGAAUCGCAGUGUGCGGCUCCGGUUUAGGUACUUUGAUUUUCGCCCCGUGUUUAGAGUAUUUAAUAGCGAUAUACGGAUGGCGAGGAACAAUCAUGCUCUGUUCUGGGAUAGUUUUAAAUUGUGUCAUUCUCGGGUCACUCUUCAGACCACUUGAAGCUAAGAAAUUACAGAAGAGAAGUUCUCCAGAGGAUGCCUCCCAGAUAAAUAUUGUUAAUGAAAAUUCAAAAUCACAAGUGGUCACAUUUCAAAAGGAAAACAACCGUGUUGGUGUAGUAUCCACCAUUAGUCAGCCUACUUUAAUACUAAAAGAUGGAUUGCAUGAAGAAAGUUUGAGAGAUACCAAAAACAAAAUUCCAGAUUUAACACAAAUGUAUACGGAAGAAAGGGUUUAUAUUCGUGGAUCUUUGCCUAAUUCUGUGGAAUAUGCAACAGAUAAUAUAGAGAUUAAAGGUAAUUGCGAAGAGAAGAUAAGUAAUCUUCAAGAAAUACUGGAUAUUUCUAUAUUUAAAGACCCAGUAUUUGUUUUAUUUACCUUUUCCAACUUCUGCACCAGUAUUGGAUUCAAUAUACCAUAUGUAUAUAUAUUGCCCCAAGCUGAGGAACACGGAAUUAAUAAAAAAGAUGCAAGUUAUCUUCUUGCGAUAAUUGGAAUCGCUAAUACGGUGGGUCGUAUAGUAUUAGGAUAUAUAUCCGAUAAACCAUGGGUUAACCGAUUAUUAACGUACAACUUAUGUCUUACCAUAUGUGGUCUUUCAACGAUUCUUAGUACAGAAUGUACGUCAUUCGCAACGUUCGCAAUUUAUUCCUUUAUAUUUGGAUUUACAUCCGGCGCUUAUGUAGGCCUUACAUCUGUACUUUUAGUAGAUUUACUGGGUUUGCACCGUCUUACAAACACUUUUGGUUUACUUUUGUUGUUUCAAGGUUUUGCAUCACUUUUAGGACCGCCUAUUGCAGGAUGUCUAUACGAUGCACUUGAAACUUAUAAUCCUGGAUUCUUUACCGCUGGUGCCAUGAUUACUAUUAGUGGAUUAAUAUUGUUCUUCAUACCUUUAAUUAAAAAAAAAGUACAACGUAAUGUAAGCAGCAAACGAAAAAGAAAUAUAAUAAAUAAUGAAACUGCCUAAAAUGACUUUAUUAACACAGAUGAUCAUUAUUGUUUUAAUUUUAUUGAACACCAUUAACUUCAAAUUUAUCAUACUCGUUUAAGGUAACAAAUACAGUCUUAUGAAUUUUAAUGUAUUUCUUAUUUCACGUACAUUUACAAAACGUGUAAAACAGAAAUAACUAAAUCAGUCUUGUUCAUAAACAAAACUCUCCGAGCGAUUUCUUGAACAUUUUCCGAGUAAUUAUUACAUAUGAUUAGAUUUAUAUUU